UCCAAUGGGGCAUCUGAAUUUUCUUGAUACUACUCCUUCAUUACCAUUCUUGCCCUUAUUCAUAACUAUUUUGGUCGCCAGCCAAAUUCCAUUAGGCUGCACUAGAGAAGCCCAUUCUUCAAAUUUCACCUGCAUUGAAAGUGAACGACAAUCUCUUCUUCGAUUCAAAGAUAGCUUGACAGAUGAAUCCAAUCGUCUAUCAUCAUGGACCGGAGGAGACUGCUGUUCAUGGAAAGGAAUUGGUUGCCACAGAACAACUGGCCGUGUGGUGACACUUGAUCUACGCAAUUUGGAGCAACCUGAAUUAUAUGAAGUUUACAAUACUUCAUAUCAUUGCAGAUCUUGCCUAGCAGGUGACCAGUUAAGUCCAUCUUUGGUCAAUCUGACCAAUCUACGAUACUUGGACUUGAGUUUAAAUAAUUUUUCAGGAAUUCAAAUUCCCACAUUUCUUGGAUUGCUGAAAGACCUGAGAUACCUCAAUCUCUCAGAUGCAGGAUUUGUUGGUGAAGUUCCCCAUCAUUUAGGAAAUCUCUCGCAUUUAAGGUACUUAGAUAUUGGUUUUUCAAGUUCAAAUAACAUCCCAAUAGAUAAUAACUUGAGGAGUAAUGAUGUGGGAUGGGUCGCUAGGCUCUCUUCUCUUGAGUACCUGUUCCUGAGAGGAGUAAACCUUUCAAAUGCUGGAGAUGGGUUCCUAGCAGUUAACAUGCUUCCUUUGCUGAAAACACUAGAUUUGGAGAAUUGUAGACUUGUAGUUCCUCAUCUUUUACACGUCAAUUUCACAUCUCUUUCUUCCCUUAAACUUGGUUUCAAUCAAUUUCUCAACCCCACCCUGCCUCCUUGGUUGCGUAACUUAACCGGCCUCCAAGAUCUUGACCUCGGUGCUAAUAAUUUAGAUGACAAGGUUCAUGAUACAUUUAGGCAAAUGACCUCUCUAGUUAACCUCGAGCUGGAAGGAAACCACUUUGAUACUUCAACAUUGAGAUCCAUUUGCAACAUUAGCAGUCUUACUGGUUUAUCUAUGAGUGAUAAUCAGUUGCAGGGUUCAAUACCAAGUGAAAUAGGCCAGUUUCCACAACUAACUCAACUACAUCUGUCCAAUAAUAGGUUAAAUGAUACCAUACCCUCCAGCCUUUGGCAACUCACCAAGUUACAAGAGUUAUACAUUGCUGCAAAUGCAUUAACCGGUGAACUAUCCGAACACCAUUUUGCAAAACUCAAAGAGCUAAAGAGGUUGGACAUUUCUGAUAACUUAUUCUCUCUACACGUGAGCUCCUCCUGGGUUCCUCCUUUUCAACUACAAUAUAUUUGGAUGGGAUCUGUCAAAAUAGGGCCCCGGUUCCCAAAUUGGCUACGCACGCAAAAGGAGAUUGAAGAGAUAGAUAUGCACAAUGCGAGCAUUUCAGAUGCCAUACCUGGCUGGUUCGGAGUGCUUUCUAAUGAUACUAGUGGCAUAAUUCUCUCCCGUAACAAAUUGGAGGGAUCUCUCAACUCAUUUAUUUCAGUGGCUGAUGUUGAUGAAAAGGUUGUACAAAUGUUGUAUCUCCUCCUCAAUCACAACCAUUUCACUGGUAGUAUCCCGGAAGACUUGUGCAAGUUGAAAACUUUAAUUUAUUUAGAUCUGUCCAACAACCAUUUGUCUGGAAGAAUUCCUUUAUGCUUGGGAAACUUGCGAUAUUUGAGGAUCCUACAUUUGGGAAGUAACAGCCUAUAUGGUCAGAUCCCAGGUUCACUGGGCAACUUGGGAGAACUUAUUAGUCUGCAAUUGAGUAAAAAUAGGUUUGAUGGGAAGCUCCCUCCUUCAAUGCAGAAUCUGAAAAGAUUGCGGUUCCUGGAUCUGGGAGAAAAUAGAAUAGCGGAUACUAUACCAGCGUGGAUUGGGGAAAGGUCAUCACACUUGGAGUUUCUGACACUUCAGUCGAAUAAUUUCCACGGAGGUAUCUCUAAUACACUCUGCCAACUCCCAUAUCUUCAAGUGCUCAACCUGGAACAUAAUGAUUUAUCUGGAUCUAUUCCUCACUGCUUUAAAAACUUCACCGCGAUGGAAUCAACUGAACCAGGAACAUUUCCGUACUCAAACAAUUCUUUUGUUGAUCCCGUACUGCGAAACUUUAAGGCAGGAAUAGAGCUUGAGUACUCAAAAACCAUAGAUUCUGUUAAAUCCAUUAGCCUCUCAGGAAAUAAUUUGGUCGGUGAAAUCCCUGAUGAGAUAAUGGGUCUCGUUGGGUUGCAAACUUUGAACCUUUCAAAAAACCAUCUAAAUGGAAGGAUCCCCAAGAACAUUGGCAAUUUGAAGCAACUUGAAACACUUGAUUUAUCGAUGAAUGAACUCAGAGGUGAAAUCCCUCCAAGCUUGUCGAGUAUAUACUCAUUGAGCUCUCUGAAUUUGUCAUACAAUAAGCUAUCAGGGCCGAUACCAUCUGGAAAUCAACUUCAGACCUUGAAUGAUCCAUCCAUCUAUGAGGGAAACAUUGGACUCUGUGGGAAGCCACUCCUGAACAGCUGCCCUGCAGGCGAAUCGCCAACAGAAAAUGGGCCUGUUCUCGACGAUAAAGGUCACAGCGAGUCUGAUUUCUCAUGGUUUUAUGCCGGUUUUGGACCUGGAUUCAGUGUUGGUGUAGUGGGAGUUGUGGGAAUCCUUCAAUUCAAGCAGUCAUGGCGCUAUGCAUUAUUCAAAUGUGUGGAAAAUGCCUAUGACAGAAUUUGGGUUAUGAUCGCAUUGAAGACUGCUCGGCUACGGAGGAAUUUCCAUUGAGCCUAUAACCAUUCAAGCUGCUAUGGAUCUGGUUUUAGAAUGGAAGAUUACUAGUUUUAUUGUGUCUUUAUGUAGCUACAUUCUGAGUAUGGUAACUCCAGAUGUAAAUGUAAUACAAGGAUUAGUCAUCCCCCCUGUAAUCUCCGAGUUCUACAUCAAUAAAAACGUUUAUAUUUUCUGUGUGGUUUUAA